GGAUACAUUAAUGAGACUAAUGUGAAGGAGGUUUAUCUACAAAUAUUACGUGGUAGAGAUGGUCGUGAUGGAGUACCAGGAAGAGAUGGAGUGAAAGGAGAGAGAGGAGAUAAGGGAGAGAAAGGAGAAACUGGACCUGUAGGACAAGCUGGUCCUAAAAGUGGAGGAGUAGUGUACACUCGUUGGGGAAGGAAGUCCUGUCCUACUGGAGCUGAAUUACUAUAUGAGGGAAUAACUGGCAGUAACUAUGAUGGUCAUUCAGGAGGAGGAGCUAACUAUGUCUGUUUACCAAAGGUUCCUCAAUAUAUGAGCACUUAUGAACCUUCUGGUUUUUCCCAAAUUUAUGGUACGGAAUAUGAUAAUGUAAAUGGUGUAUUUUCAGGAAAGGAUAAUCACAAUGCUCCUUGUGCAGUAUGUUAUACAUCUACUAAGAGUGUUAAACUGAUGAUUCCUGCUAGAACCAGCUGUCCUUCAUCAUGGACUAUAGAAUAUAAAGGAUAUUUAAUGGCUGAAUGCUUUAAUAAGAAGACUAAUGCAAUUUAUGAGUGUGUUGAUGAAAACCCUGAAUCUAUUGAUGGCAGUGGUGCUAAUAAUAAUGGGGCACAACUUUGCUUUGCAUUGUCAACCUGUUAUAGUCUACCUUGUCCACCUUAUCUUAACAAUAGACCUAUUACUUGUGUUAUGUGUACUAAGUAACUUUCUUUACUUAUUGAAAGUAAU